CUCCUUUCCCCAAUCCCUCGUCCUCUCAACUGGUCUUCGCCCUCGCUCGGCCGCGGCCCGCGGCGCGCCGGUGCCUGACUUCGUACUUGGCAGAUUUCGGUGACAACGCCGAACAGUCUUGCCGUAUUUUUCAUUACCACCGGCGAGCAGUGACACCCUGAAGACCUGAACGGCUGAACCGGCUUGAUCCAUCGAGGCAUCGAGCUCGAGAAUCUUGCCUAGGAUCAAUGUCAACUAUUUCUGAUCAGAAGAAACGGACCUUAGAAGCCAUUCAACAACGGUAUGCAGCAGCUAAAGCUAAGAAGCUGCAAGAUGAACAGCCCAAGUGCCCGAAGAACAAAGAGAGUACCCCCAAGGCCAAGUUUGAUGCACGGAGGAAAGGAAAAACUCCCGAAUCCACUCCUUCUCGAACUUCUGGCCAGCUGCCUACGUUUAGAGUGCUGCUUUUCAGCUCAAGGAAACUCCGGCCAUCAACAAAAACCUUCUGCCUCUUCAGGUGGAGAAAUCAACCCUAUAUACUCUGAGAUUUCAUUUGCUCUUCAUGAAAAUUUGUCCCAAGAUGACUAUUCGGAUCUCGACAGCACAGACGUAGUUCACAGUGUCGUAUAUGAUAUAAUUCAGAAAGGUGGAGAAGCCGGGAAAAUUGCUAAGGGAUCCAAAAAGUUAAAGCUGGAUAGAGGGAUUCUUUUGGAUAACUAUGUUCAAAGAGGUCCUAUAUUAGUGGAUGCACAAUCGCGAUCUUUGUUGAUUCACUCGAAGCGUUCAAAAAGACACAUGUCACUGAAGCAACAUAAGAAAUGUGGGUCAUUUGAUUUACAUGAUACAUUCCGCAGGUUUGACCUCUAUAAGCCAAUGCAUGAAAUGUGGAAAGAGUAUAUGCGAGAGCUUACAAAAAGUACCCCGAAAAAGCAAUUGUCUGAAAAUCUCCUUUCAGCAGAUCUUCAUGGGGCUCUUAUAAUAGUGGCACAAUGCAAAGCAGCCUCAUAUCAAGGUGUAAGUGGCAUCAUGAUCCGGGACACUGCAGAGACUUUUGGAAUUAUAUCAGAGGACAACCGCUUCCGAGUUGUGCCGAAAGCUGGAUCAGUCUUCGUCCUCCAAGCUGACUGCUGGAAGGUCACACUGAUCGGCGACAAACUGUCACCAAAGGAGAAGUUGAAGGAAAGCCAGCGUAUGCAGCAUGCGCAAUCACUGAUCAGAUAGAGUUUCGAGCCUGUUAGGCUAUGUUUUCUGAUUUUUUUUGCCCAGAGGAACCCCUGGAGUUUUUCUUGUUUAAUCUUUGUUUCUGUUGAUUAACAUCAGUCUAUCCCAUCAUUGUUUAGCACUUGGCAGUUCGUGUUGCUCCA